AUGCCUAGAGCUUUCCGAGACAGUACGACGGCGAGAUAUUUCAGGGCGGGGGGACCAAACCUCUGUGAGGCACCGUAUAACUGCCGCCGCCUCCCAAGCAAGUAUAUCCCUUUUGACGAUGUUGAGCGUAUCCUCCACAAUUGCAACAUCCGCUUCUUGGUAACAUCUCCAUCUCUCGUGGAAUGCACUCCAGCCUAUGACGACUCAGCAGAAUCGAUUCAAACAUUACAGGUUCUCGCCCGCAGGCACGACAAUGACUCUCGAGACGAUUGGCUACACGCAGCACAAGAGAUACACGCUCUUCUGCGCAAUCGCGGUCUGGACAAUAUAACGAUUGACAUUAUUGAUUGGCGACUAGCGCAUGGCCCCGACAUCUACCUAUGCAAGUCGAGUGAUGCAAUCUUUCCAAAAUGGGAUACUGUUCGCAAACAGAUUGUACAAAUGGUGGAUGUCUCUGGCUUUCAACUUCUGGGAUGCUAUCGUAUCGGACAUGAUUUCGGUGAGGAAAACAGCACCCCUUCCAUUCUGGUCACAGUCGACCCGAAGGUUGAGCGAGACUGGAGCAGUGUUGAGCACGAUAUUAGGAAGAUCUUAACCGAGUUUGACCUUACUAUGGUUGACGUGCGCAUUUUCAAGGAUCGUGGUAUUUUCUGUGCCAAUCAAUCGUUGGAUGAAGCAAAAGUCAGCUCCUCUCUACCCGCAGUUGAAGAGGAAUGUCCGACUCGGGUGACCAUUGGAAAUGGCGUGGGUGCUCAUAAUAGUAAGAGUUAUGGUACCUUCGGAGGAUGGCUCAAUCUACAGCAGAGCUCUGACUCUGAAUGGCAGCAAUUUGGUUUGACCUGUCGCCAUUGCGUGUUUGAUCACAAAGUGGACAGUCCAAAUGUCAGUAGAGUACAAUACUUUAUUGACUACUACAGGGACAUGAUCAAUGAGAAGAGAAGGUCAAACUCGUUUCGCACUCUGCAGGGGAUCCAAGCGACAGAGAGCCUCCCUGAGGGUGUGGCACAAAUGUGGGGGGAUCUCAAGAAGAGCCCGGGCGAUCUAGAAAACCAUCUUACAGAGUUAGAGGCCUACAAACGGGCUGGCAGUUAUGAGUUUGGCGAGGUUUGGGCUGACUCUGGCGAUGAUACUCGAAAGACGACAAACAUUAUGGACUGGGCACUGUUGAAAGCCCAUCCAAAUCGUGCAUUUCCUUCUAAUCAGUUCGACCAAUUCAGCUCUCUCGGAGAGCGUGCACCCAUGCCGCGUAUAGGACACAUCAAAGCCGGGAUCGUACUGACCGAUGAAAAGAAUCUUUUUAAACAAGGUUGCAAAACAGGCGUGACUUGGGGAAAGUACAGCAAGCUCGCAACAACGGUCUUUACAGCUGCCAAAAGCGGCGAACUACGGACAACAGACGAACAUUCAGUUGUUUAUGACAUCAAGCACGAUUUCUUCAAACCCGGUGACUCGGGCUCACUUGUCUAUGACGAAAGGGGCUGCAUAGCAGGAAUGGCCUUUGGUGGCCAAAUGUCGGGACAGAUUGUUGUUUUCACCCACAUCGACAACCUAAUUGCUGACAUUAAAGACCAAACUGGAGCUAAACGUGUCGUCUUUUACGGUCAGGAAGAACCGGUAGAGGAAUACGACAUAGAUCAGAACUAA